CAUGACAUUAUUGCCGGGCAGGAAACGUAAGCCAACUCCGAAACCAUACUGUCAAAAAUGGCCCGCGACAACCAUUUCAAAUACCAUAUAUUAACUUCCCCGAACUGACUUCUGUAGAAUCUUCCAUUUGAAAUUCUGCAUCUCCAUUGCCGUCCUUCUUUAAUACCCCGCGUCACGCCCCCAUUUAUACUCCUCCUUCGUUCCCCGUACACCCAAACCUCCAAAGACUGAAUCUUGGUGAGCCAUGGCUUCUCUUCACACCAUAGUUGUUAUUACAGUCGUUCUAGCUAUGCUUCCAUGGCCCUCCACAAGCGAUAAUUUUCUGGGACCUGUGUUGUCCCCGAUUAUAGAUACUGUGUGCAAAGCUGAUGUGUGUGGAAAGGGGACUUGCAAGGCAUCAAAUGGCAGUUUUGGUUAUGAAUGUGAAUGUGAUGCUGGGUGGAAGCAAACUCGUUCUCAGAAUGAUACUUUGUUCAAGUUUCUGCCUUGUAUUAUCCCCAACUGUUCUCUCGACUUCAACUGUGGAGAAGAAGCACCUGCACCUGCACCAAAUAGGGCAGUCAAUUCAUCAAUCUUCGAACCCUGCCAUUACGCGGAUUGCGGAGGGGGCACAUGCAACAAGACUUCUCCAUUAACCUUUACUUGUGAAUGCAAAGAGGGUUACUACAAUCUGCUCAACACCACCGCUUUCCCUUGCUUCAAAGAAUGCGCACUUGGAAUGGACUGUAAGGAUCUCGGGAUUGGCUUCCCUAAGGGAUCAAAUAGAGCUCCAGCCCCAAGCUUAUCUGAUAAUAGUAAAGUGUGCAAAGAAGUGGGAUGUGGCAAAGGGACUUGCAAGGCAUCGGGAAGUAACGCUUUAGGUUAUGAUUGUGAAUGUGAUCCGGGCUGGAAGCAAGCUCGUUCCGAGAGUGAUACUUCCUUAAAGUUUCUGCCUUGCGUUAUCCCCAACUGUUCCCUCCACUAUUCGUGUGGAGAAGAAGCUCCUGCUCCCGCACCAGCUAAAACUGCCAAUACAUCAAUCUUUGAGCCCUGCCAUUGGGCCGACUGUGGAGGGGGCUCGUGCAGAAAGAUUUCUGCACUCACCUAUGAUUGUGAAUGCAAGACGGGCUACUUCAAUCUGCUCAACGUCACCAUUUUCCCUUGCCUCAAAGAAUGUGCGCUUGGAAUGGACUGUACGAAUCUGGAUAUUGGGCGCUCAACGAACAAAUCAGCAAGCCCUCCAGCACCAAGCUUAUCUGAUCACACUAACAAAGCAGCUAGCUCGAUCGUUGUAGGUGGGUUUGUCUGGAAGGCCAUUGCAGCAGCAGCAUCAGUAGCGAUGUUUUUGUCGAACUGAAAUCGAUGGGGAAGAUGAAUAAGGAAGCUAUUGUCCAUUUCUAGUGUCAGCUUCUUGCAGGUUAUGAGAUGAUAAUAUUCAUUUGUUUCAUUGAUUGUUGGGUGUAUAGAGUUCCCACAUCUGUAUCUCCAAUUCUCCAUCUCAGACACUCUAUUUGUAAUUGAUUUCAUCUAUUAAUACUAUAGUUUUUGAGUAAACUUGGAA